GGUGAUGGCUCAAAGUCCAUCAAACUGAAUGAUGGAUUGAAUUUGGUUGAAAUAGAGGUGGUAGCCGAGGAUGGCACCUCCAAAAAAUAUUGCAUUGAGGUCACCAAACUGUCUGCGAGAACUGCAGAGUUGAGUGACCUUACAAUUGAAGGAAAUGUUCAAUUACAACCUACAUUUUCGGCAAACAUCUAUGAUUACUCAAGCACAGUUCCUUUCUACUGUAACUCGGUGACCAUACUACCCAAAGUUCCAGAUAAAAACAUGAACGUUUCAGUGAAUGAAGAAAGUGAUUCCCAACCUUCUCCAUUGACUGUUGGAGAAACUGUCAUCAGUAUCAAGGUCUUAUCAGCAGAUGGCAGCAAUUCUCAGAUGUACUAUGUGUUGGUGAUGCGAGAGCAGCUUCCCAUGGCUGUGUCUUUCAGUGACGUGAAAGAGCAGGUCUCCUAUGAGUGCCCUGUCACUCUGACGGCCCUCUACAGACCCAUAUCCAUCAACCAGAGUGAUCCACAGCACCUGUUCUCAGCCCCCUACAUUGACAUGCUGGCGAGAAGGUCGAAGGUCGACCCGCUAAACGAGUGUCCCCUCGGAGACAGCUGGAAGGUUCUGGAACACGACCUGGACAAGACCAUGUCUUCUGCCCUGGUCAAGUGCUUCUUCGCAUACCGAGGAUGUGAGAGUGUGAUGAAACUGGCUGAAGUGGGGUCACAUGCACUGGAGUGUCCACACAAACCCUCAGCGGACCUGGACCAAAAGGACGUCACUGAGACAAGCUGGUACAAGAAGCAUUUUGCAUCCUCGACCUGCUUGGAGAUAGAGACCAAACACACCUUGGAGGUGCAUAACUGGGAGAAGAGACUACAAAAGGCAAUAGGACAGGAUAGUGUCGAUAAUCUGUGUUCCCUGGCCCAAGACAAUCUGAAACUCUACAGAGAGCGUCUGCCCAAACCAGGUGACCUGCUGCAGUAUGAGGAUGGUCAGUCUCCUCUGGACUGUCUGGAGCAGGCUGCUGUCUAUUAUGCCUCAGCCAUCAAGCUGAAGCCACGAGACCCCAGACUCCACUUCUUCCUGGGGCUGGCCCUGGAGGAGCAACACUAUGCAGCAGAGAUGUACGGACUGAGGAGGAAAGCUGACGGGGACGUUGAGGACCUCAGCAGUGCCAAGUCCACGGCGCGUCAGGAUGACAUCCUGGCUGUGUGUAAGCUGCAUGGCUUCCCUGGCACGCCUACCCUGGAGAACCAGCUACAGGCCCUGGACACAGAGUACCACCAGUUGAAAGAGCAGGGCCAGUCGGGCAAGGCAGACUACAUCCAGACCCUGUUCAUCUUCCUCUCCAAGAAGGCAGGCAAGGAUGGCAGUGCGGGCGUUGGGGACGAAGAGAGCUGUAUUCACCGGGCCCUGCUGAAGUACCUGGAUGCCUGGUCGCUGAACCAGGACUUCUGGGAGUACAAUCUCCACGUGGGGCGUAUGCUGCUGCUGCAGAAGAGGAACACGGAGGCACUGCAGCACCUGCAGACCGGGCUGGCCCUGCGGCCCUCACAGCCAGCACUUAGGUUCUUCACAGGUCUGGCUCUACUGCUACAGGAGGAAGCCUCAGAGGCUGUGGAGAAGGAGGCAGCCCUGUUUUUACAACAAGGCCUGGAGCAUGUUAUAGCACAGUACUGCAACACGGAGAACAACUACAGUGGUUUGGAGCAGAGCGUGACAGACCCUCUGUCCAGUGUGAGAACACAGUUCCUGCGUGGCUGCCUCACCCUUGGUGCCCUCCAACAGAAGAACACUCUCUCUCAGAAGCCAAUGAGCGCAGAGCAGGUCUAUCACACUGUUGUGGUGCUGGCAGCGCGCGGUGUGUGUCGGUGCGUGUGUCGGGACGAGGUGUCCCAGCAGCUGGAGUGGGUGUUGCUGGAUGCCCACUUUGCCCUCCUCCAGAGCCUCAUUCGGCAAAAGAAGGCUGCUGGGUUGACCCAGGGUCAGGGCAAGCAGGGAGAGACGGAGAGACAGGCUGCUGAGUUGACCCAGGGUCAGGGCAAGCAGGGAGAGACGGAGAGACAGGCUGCUGAGUUGACCCAGGGUCAGGGCAAGCAGGGAGAGACGGAGAGACAGGCCUGGGUAGUCAAGAGGUGUCAGGCUCUCACAGGUCUGAUCCGCCUCACCUCCAUCCCCGCCUGCAGGGAGCUGCUGGACAUGCAGGAGAAGGUCUGCCAGGUUGCCGUGGUAACGACUCCUCGUGACAGCCACGCGCUGUGUCUCCUGGGGCUGGCCCAGCUGGCUCAGUGUGACAACGAUCACGGCUCCCAGAGAUCAGAAGGAGCCAAUGCCAACGCCUGCCUCAGCUUCCAGGCAAGCAUCGAACUGGAGGACAAGCCUCAGAGCGGAGAGACACCCACACAGCUCACCAAGCAGCAGUGGUGGCAGGACAGGCUGGCAGCAGACAAGGAGAAGGCAGUCAAGGAGACAGCCAGCCAGGGAGCGGGCGGGAGUGGCUCUGGUCCUUCUGACACUGCAGUGGCUGCCGGGAGAGGAUGUGGGCGUGGCAUGGGAGGUCCUGCUAGAGGGGGCACUGCGGCUGCAGCCAAGAACCCCACAAGAGGAGGCAAGACUGCCCCUCCAGCCAAAAACACCCCCUCUACUGCCCCUCCAGCCAAAAACACCCCCUCUACUGCCCCUCCGGCCAAAAACACCCCCUCUACUGCCCCUACUGCCAAAAACACCCCCUCUACUGCCCCUCCAGCCAAAAGCACUGUCUCUCCAGCCAGCAGGGGGCAAGGUGGAACAGCCAAAACCCCUGGCCCGGCCAAGCCCAGCAGUUCCAAGACCCAGCUCAUCUCCCCCAGCAAGUCUAAACCAGACUGCUCCCCAAGCCCAGCCAAACCUGGGCCCACAGAAGAGUCAGCUGUGGCAGAGAGUGGCAACGUUCUCCCCAAAGCUCUAUUGAACCGUCGAUCCCAUGCCCCUCGCCUCGGCUUGGCCCGCGCCCUCUCCCGCUCCGCAGACAGCCACGACCAGGCACGCCAGCUCUACCAGGAGGUCAUCACCAUGGCACCAGAGGUCCACGAUGCGUACAUUGAGCUGGCAGAGAUGCUGGGGGAGUCAGACCCCCUGGCUGCUGUAGAGGUGUACUGUCGGUUCCCCCUGAAGCCCGUCUCAGAGCAGAACUUUGACGACGCCUUCAUCACUGGAGAGAUCGUACGCAUCCUGAUGAAACAAGGCCUCUACGAGCACCCGGAGCUGGGACACAACCUCAUCGCCUACGGGAAAGUCAUGGGUCUGGGUUGCCUUGAGAAAUACAUCGACAUCCUUGAAGGGAAGUUCAUGAGCAGCCUUCUAAAGAGAGUGUAUGCUGGGAUCCAUGAGAAAUCAGUGGAAGACAAGGAUCUGCAGGACUUCUUCAAGUUCAAGUGCUGGAUAUGAACUUUCCUUUCAUAAAGAGACGGGCUGUUUAUUCCUUUCAUAAAGAGACGGGCUGUUUAUUCCUUUCAUAAAGAGACGGGCUGUUUAUUCCUUUCAUAAAGAGACGGGCUGUUUAUUCCUUGAUCAAAGUAUGAAUGUAUCUCUUUAGACCAAUCGGCUAGUCACAUCAUCUUUAGACCAAUCGG